CUCCGUCACCGCCUGGCAGAAAGCGCUCGCCGCCAAAAUUUUGGCUGGAGCUUGCUGCCGCUGCGCGCCCGCGCAAGGUUGUAGGUAUUAUAGGUCGUGCCUCAUAUCGCGAACGCCAGUUCCAAUCGCUCCCGCAGGGGAACAUCGCCGCCAAGAUGCCGCAAAAGGAGGUUGACUCCCGCAUUCCGACGUUGAUCAGUAAUUGCAUUCAAACCAACCAGCGUGGGCUGUUCAUUCUCGUGGGCGACGAGAGCAAAGAUGUCAUAGCUAAGCUAUACUACGUCUUGACCACACUCAACCUAAAAUGCAAUAAAAGCGUUCUAUGGGCAUACUCGAAGAAGCUUAUAGGUUUCACGAGUCAUAGGGCCAAGAGAGAGAAGAAGAUCCAGAAGGAGAUUAAACGAGGCAUUCGCGAACCGAACACCGAAGAUCCCUUUGAACUAUUCGUUUCCGUGUCCGACAUACGCUACACUUACUAUAAAGAGACGGACAAGAUUCUAGGCAAUACCUAUGGAAUGGCAAUCCUGCAAGAUUUCGAGGGGAUCACACCCAAUGUGCUGGCCAGAACCAUCGAGACCGUCCAAGGCGGUGGGCUCUGUAUUCUCCUCCUCAGGGGGAUCAGCAACCUUAAGCAGCUUUACACGCUGUCCAUGAGCGUCCACUCUAGGUUCCGUACCGAAGCCCACCAAGACGUCGUCGCCCGCUUCAACGAGCGCUUCCUCCUUUCUCUUGGCGGCUGCCAAAACUGCCUUGUGAUCGACGAUGAGCUGAAUGUACUCCCUAUAAGUGGGGCGAAAGGGGUAACGCCGCUCCCUCCUCCCGAUCUCGAUGAGCCGAAGACCGAGGCCCAGAAGGAGCUUGGUUCGAUCAAGGACUCCUUACAGGAAACCGAAGUUGUCGGAUCUUUAGUCAACCUUGCACGUACCGUUGAUCAGGCAAAAGCCAUAUUAACAUUCAUUGAUGCCAUAACUGAGAAGAAGUUGAGAGGGACAGUUGCGUUAACGGCCGCUCGUGGUCGUGGCAAGUCGGCAUGCUUGGGUCUCGCUAUUGCGGCAGCUGUUGCACUAGGUUAUUCGAACAUUUUUGUUACAUCUCCUUCACCUGAAAAUCUGAAAACCCUGUUUCAAUUCAUAUUCAAGGGGUUCGAUACCCUCAAUUAUCAGGACCACACAGAUUACCAGAUCGUCCAGUCUACCAACCCUGAUUUCCAGAAAGCUAUCGUGAGGGUUAAUAUAACGAGAACACACCGUCAAACUAUCCAGUAUAUCCGACCGGAAGAUGCUCAUGUCUUAGGGCAGUGUGAACUACUGGUUAUCGACGAAGCCGCUGCGAUCCCGCUACCAUUGGUCAAGAAGUUGAUUGGUAGCUAUCUUGUUUUCAUGGCCUCAACAGUGAAUGGAUAUGAGGGUACUGGCAGAUCUCUUUCCUUAAAGCUCAUAAAGCAGUUGAGAGAGCAGUCAAGUGUUGGCGCAACUGCGACAGAUACAGAAACCGUUGACCGGUCGACUGGCAAAGCUUCCAAACUCUCGGCAGACGAUCAACUCCUGGGUACACGCUCUCUGCGCGAGAUCACACUCGAGGAGCCUAUCAGGUAUUCUCAGGGGGAUGCGGUUGAGAAGUGGCUUAACAACCUUCUGGUGUUAGACGCACCGCCCGGUAGGUCGCUAUCAAAAGGCUGUCCUGAUCCAGCCAGCUGCCAUCUUUUGAAGAUCAAUAGAGACACACUUUUCAGCUUUCACCCAGUCGCGGAAAAGUUUCUUCAACAGCUCGUACAACUUUUCGUCGCAAGCCACUAUAAGAAUACACCCGACGACCUGCAGUUGCUUAGUGACGCCCCUUCACAUGAACUCUACGUUCUGUGUGCACCAAUUGAUCCUAAUUCAAACCGGCUUCCGGAGCCCCUCUGUGCAAUUCAAGUAGCCCUCGAAGGACAGAUUUCCCGUCAAAGUGUUCUCAACAGUCUCAGCCGCGGUUCCAGACCUGCAGGUGACCUAAUUCCCUGGCUGGUAAGCCAACAAUACCAAGACGAUGAAUUUGCGUCAUUGAGCGGUGCUCGUGUUGUUCGCAUUGCAACUUCCCCCGAAUUCACAUCGAUGGGAUAUGGAGCGAAAGCACUCUCGGAUCUGAUUUCGUUUUACGAAGGCAAAUUCGCAAGCUUGUCCGAGACGGAAAUCGAGAAUGAAACAAGCAUUGUCCGAGUGACCGAUGCGGAACUGGAGAACGGCACCUUAAAGGAUGAAAUUACUGUUCGCGACAUUGCCACUUUGCCGCCUCUCUUCUCCAAGCUGUCAGAGUGUUGUCCAAGCGCUAUAGAAUACAUUGGUGUCAGUUACGGCCUCACACAGCCUCUACAUAAGUUCUGGCGGAAAAAUGGCUUCUCGCCAGUUUACUUGAGACAAACUGCCAAUGACCUCACAGGUGAACAUACGUGUGUUAUGCUGCGACCACUGGAAUCAAGCGACAAAACAUGGCUAGGAUCAUACGCCAAUGAUUUCCAUAGCCGGUUCCUUUCGCUCUUAUCCUACAGAUUCCGAACUUUUGAUUCGAUAACAGCACUGAGUAUCAACGAAAGUGCUACCUCAGGGGCUCAUUUGGACCCUUCCCAUAACCCUGCACCAUUUACAAAAGAGUCUUUAGAUCAAGUCCUCACGCCAUUUGAUCUAAAGAGGUUGGCAGCAUACGCUAACAAUUUAUUGGAUUAUCACGUUAUACUUGAUUUGAUGCCCCGUAUAUCAGAGCCUUAUUUUCGGGGACGCUUAAGUGGCAUUCAGCUGAGCAGUCUUCAGCGAGCUAUGCUAUUGGCAAUAUCUUUGCAACGGAAAGAACUGGAUGAUUUUGCAGCAGAACGUUCAGUCUCUAGUUCUCAAACUUUGGCCAUGUUCAUUAAGAUCGUGAAGAAAUUCGUUGUCUACUUCGAAGGACUAGUGUCAGGCGCACAUGAAGCUGCCCUGCCGAAAGAUACCAUUGGCGUCAGCGUUGCUAAUGCGAGUGGCAUGCACGAUGAUGAGAUUAUAGAUACUCGGUUUAAUCCCCUUGAGAAGUCGUUAGAGGAAGAGCUGGAAGAAGGCGGCGACGAAGCUUUGAAAGAGAUACGACAAAAGCAAAGGGAAUUAAUUGAUUCCUUACCGCUAGACCAGUAUGAGGUGGAAGGUGAUACACCUGCAUGGGAUGAUGCUGAGAAACAAGUGCGAAGCGCCGCCAAGCGAGGACAGGCCAACCCCGUAGUCAGUAUCAAGUCUAGUAAGGUAAAAAGAAAGGCUGGUGCUACAGCAGCCGAGGUUUAUGAAGAGGCAUUCGGGGAUAAACCACACAAAAAGGCAAAGAAGUCCAAAAAGGGCCACUGAAAUUAGAGCUUCGGAGGAUGGCAUGUAUAGAAAUGCAUAUUCUGGUGUUAGGGCGUCUUAAAACGGGGAUUAUGGUUUGAUCCCUUGUAUCCAUUGAUAUCCGGUUUACCGCAAUCUUCUGAAAUGAUUACACCAAUCUUGAACAUAACACAGGCCUAUUAUUAUAUAGACAUAUUGAGAAAAAGUGUGACUAAUGUGUAUUAGCGACUUUUUAAACCUAUCAGUAAAAUGGAAGAUAA